AUGGGCUCCCCGCCGCUCCCCGCACACGCACACGCCCGCCCUAUGCACACACGCCCGCUGUCUCCGGACGCUCCGGGGUGCACGCUCCACCGCCAGACAAAGGGGAGGCGGCGGGCGGGGCCGCAACACCGCGCCCACCCCGCGGGCACCAACGGCCCCGCCGGGCCCGGCUCCCCCUGCCCGCCCGCCCCCGCGGGGCUGGAGCCGCCCUUUCCCCGGGGAGGCGCCCGCCCUGCCCCUGCCCCGCCGGGCAGCGCCGUGCCCAUCCCUAGGGCAGGCGGGCACGCCCCCGGGUCACCUCCUGCCGCCCCGAGCCCCCUCCCCGCCGCCGGGAGCCGCCGGCCGUACCUGCCGCCGCCGCACCGCCUCAGCCCGCGCCGCCCGCCCGCCUCCUCCGCUCACGGCCGCGCCGCCAUCUUGCGUCUCACAAACUACUGCACUUCUUUUGGGGCGGGGGGGCGGCGGCCGAGCCGGGAACUCCCAACGCCGCCCGGGCCCUCGCCUCGCCGCCGCCCGCGGCGCCCACUCGCAUCCUCCCGGCGCCUCGCUGCCCCGGGGCGGCCGCGCGGGGAGGACGGGCAGCGGCGGCCGUGCCUCUGCCUCCCUCGCAGGGAGCGGGGGCGGAGCCGCUCGCCGCCCCGCCGCCGCCCCGCCCGUCAGCGGCGGACACCCGGCGGAGGCCGGUCCGGGCCCGCGGCAGCGCCCGCCAACUUAGCGCCCGGCGGCGGCUGCAGCGCGGGCUGCCUGUUUCUUCAGCCCGCGGCUUUCCGCACGUGCCCGGCCCUGAGCGAGGAUGGUCCCGAGCCGCCGUGCCACGGGCGGAUGGACAGACAACCCGCACAACCCCAUCCUCUGCCUAGAGCUACAACUUGGACCUCUUCCUUCAGUACGUCUCCACCAUCUCGGUCACGUUGGUCAUAG